CCUCUUCUUCCAGCGCAGCCCCGCCGCCCUCGCUCGCGGCCAGGUGACAGCUGGGCCUGGCCUACUGCGCGCUGCCUAGGGCGCGAGGAGCGCGCGCCCUGCCCUUGCGUGCCGCGCCGGCCGCCCCUCCCCCUCGUCCCGUCCCUCCCGGCGCGUCCCGUCCCCUUGGGUGCUGCCGGCCGGUGCUGAGGCGAGUCGGCGGCAGCGGGGACAUUUUCUGACUCCCGACCACUGUCCCGGCUGCCCUUUCCUCUCCGACGCGGGGCCGGCCGCUACUCCGGCCCCAGGAUGCAGAAUGUGAUUAACACGGUGAAGGGAAAGGCACUGGAAGUGGCUGAGUACCUGACCCCGGUCCUCAAGGAAUCAAAGUUUAAGGAAACAGGUGUUAUCACCCCAGAAGAGUUUGUAGCAGCUGGAGAUCACUUAGUCCACCACUGUCCAACAUGGCAAUGGGCUACAGGAGAGGAAUUGAAAGUGAAGGCUUACCUACCAUCAGGCAAACAAUUUUUGGUCACCAAAAAUGUGCCAUGCUACAAGCGGUGCAAACAGAUGGAAUAUUCAGAUGAAUUGGAAGCUAUCAUUGAAGAAGAUGAUGGUGAUGGGGGAUGGGUAGAUACUUAUCAUAAUACAGGUAUUGCAGGAAUAACCGAAGCAGUUAAGGAGAUUACACUGGAAAGCAAGGACAGUAUAAAACUCCAGGAUUGCUCAGCAUUAUGUGAGGAGGAGGAAGAGGAAGAUGAAGGAGAAGCUGCAGAUAUGGAAGAAUAUGAAGAGAGUGGAUUGUUGGAAACAGAUGAGGCUACUCUAGAUACAAGGAAACUAGUAGAAGCUUGUAAAGCUAAAACUGAUGCUGGAGGUGAAGAUGCUAUUUUGCAAACCAGAACUUAUGACCUUUACAUCACUUAUGAUAAAUAUUACCAGACACCACGACUAUGGUUGUUCGGCUAUGAUGAGCAACGGCAGCCUUUAACAGUUGAGCACAUGUAUGAAGACAUCAGUCAAGAUCAUGUGAAGAAAACAGUGACCAUUGAAAAUCACCCUCAUCUUCCACCACCUCCUAUGUGUUCAGUUCACCCAUGCAGGCAUGCUGAGGUGAUGAAGAAAAUCAUUGAGACUGUUGCAGAAGGAGGGGGAGAACUUGGUGUUCAUAUGUAUCUUCUAAUUUUCUUGAAAUUUGUACAAGCUGUCAUUCCAACAAUAGAAUAUGACUACACAAGACACUUCACAAUGUAACAAAGAGAGCAUAGAAUCUAUCCUAAUUAUUGAUUCUGAUUUUUAAAGAAUUAACCCAUAGAUGUGACCAUUGACCAUAUUCACCGAUAUGUACAAUUUCUCUAAUAAAGAGAAUUAUAUGUUUAUGCAUUAAAUAAAA